GAAUAACUUACUUCCGGUCAGUGCUCUUGCUGAAAUUUCUUGAAAGUGAUAAUUCCUGAAAUAUACAGCAAUGAACAGUGAACCGUCUUUAGAGACGGUUUAUCAAGCUCUCCAAGCCCUUUAUCAAAAUCCAGACGUAAAUGGAAAGGAAAGGGCAUCAGUUUGGCUCGGAGAAUUGCAACGUUCGAUGUAUGCAUGGCAUGUGUCUGACCAGUUAUUACGAGAACAUCAAGGACUGGAGUCCUGUUAUUUUGCUGCACAGACAAUGAGAACAAAGAUACAGUAUGCUUUCCAUGAAUUACCUGUUAAUUCUCACCAGUCAUUAAGAGAUUCCUUGCUGGAUCAUGGAGGAAAACUAAAUGCAGAAUCACCACCAGCCAUUGUUACACAGCUCAGUUUAGCUUUGGCAGACCUUGCAUUACAGAUGGCAGGCUGGAAGGACCCCAUCAUGGAUCUUGUUCAAAGAUAUGGAAGCAAUCCACAGAAUUUACCAUUCUUAUUAGAGGUGCUGACAGUAUUACCAGAAGAAGUUAAUAGUAGAUCAUUAAGAUUAGGUGCUAAUAGGAGAACCGAAGUAACAGAAGAAUUUAGAAAGUCCUCACCAGUAAUUCUACAGUUAUUGGAUGCUUGUGGUGAAAGCUGUGUUGGUGAUACAAAGGGACAGAUGAAGAUAUUUAGGUGUCUAGGAAGUUGGUUUAGUUUAGGUGCACUCUCAGAAGAACUGAUUAUUGGAAGUAAACUAGUCACAGCUCCUUUCCAGGCUUUGGUGAUAGCAGAAUGUCCUGCCAGUUUACAUGAAGCAGCAACAGAUUGCAUAUGUUCAGCUUUAUACAGUGUAGAGGAUUUAAAAUCCCAUCUACGUUUAGCUGAGGCCUUAUACAAUGGAGUAAAGACAUUACCAGAUGCUUACCAUAUGUCUGUAGCACUGGAUGAUACAGAUAAAUCAAUAAAUUAUUGCAGAAUAUUUACAGAACUUGCCGAGUCAUUUUUAGAACAAAUAGUUAACACACCUAAUCAGGGCUUUACUGGAGAUUUAGGAAUUUUAGAUUUAUUACUUACAUGUGUUGGUCAUCAUUUAUAUGAGGUGGCAGAAAUAACAUUUAAUGUAUGGUACAGACUAUCUGAAGAAUUGUAUCAACGGCAUGAGGAUCCUGCUAUAGAAACAUUUAAACCCUACAUACAAAGGCUUAUAGUUGCAAUGUGUCGGCACUGUCAGAUGGAUCAAGAUCAUGAUGGGAUUCCUGGAGAAUCUGAUGAUUUUGGAGAAUUUAGAGUUAGAGUAUCAGAACUGAUUAAAGAUGUGAUAUUUAUUGUUGGUUCAUCAAAUUGCUUUGCACAGAUGUAUGAAAAUUUAAAGCAACAAACAGAGAGUACUUCUUGGGAUGUUACGGAAGCCACAUUGUUCAUUAUGACAGCUGUGGCUAAAAAUAUCUUACCGGAGGAAAAUGAGAUAGUACCAGAAGUAGUGAAGGCUAUUCUAUCAAUACCACCUACUGCUCAUAUAGCUGUUAGAUAUACAAGUAUACAAUUGUUUGGAGAACUUUGUGAAUGGAUAGAAAAACAUCCAGACUAUUUAGAUCCAAUACUGCAGUUUUUAUUGGCUGGUUUACAAGAGCCAAAGUUGGCUUCAGCGGCUGCUACGUCAGUACAGAGUAUAUCAACCACUUGUAAAGGGAAAAUGAGGGAUCACUUCCAAGGACUUCUUAAUAUAGCACAGGCUAUUGACACACUACAUCUUUCUAAUGAAGCUAUUAUAGGAUUUCUAAAAGGUACUGCAGUGAUAUUAACACAGUUACCAGUGGAGAAAGUUGGAGAGGCUUUAACACAAUUAUGUUCAUUUCAAAUUACACCUUUAAGUUCACUUUUGACAAAAUCUGAGGAUAAUAAAUUACCAAGCCACAUCGCUCAUGGUAGUAAAGAAGACCCCACAGUAUGGUUAGACAGAUUAUCUGCUAUAUUUAGACACACCACACCAGUAAUAACCAAUGGUCAAGUCCAUCCAUGUCAGACUGCUGUUCAACAGAUAUGGCCAGUAUUAUCAGAAACUUGUUCCAAGUUCCAGUCAGAUAUAAGAAUUGUAGAAAGAUGUUGUCGCUGUAUCAGAUUUGUGAUACGAUGUUUAGGGAAAAGUUCGGCUUCAUUACUCACACCACUAGUCACACAGAUGAUAUCAUUAUACCAAGUCCAUCAACAUUCAUGCUUCCUGUACCUAGGUAGUAUAUUGGUUGAUGAAUAUGGUCAAGAGCAGUCAUGUCAGCCUGGUCUUCUUAAUAUGUUACAGGCUUUCUGUGUCCCUACAUUUAAGAUAUUAGAAGAACACAAUGGUUUACGGAAUCACCCUGAUACUGUAGAUGAUUUAUUUAGAUUAUGUUUAAGAUUUGUACAGAGGGCACCAGUCCCUUAUCUCCAGUGUCAGAUGGCCAAACCUAUCCUAUGUUGUGCUAUUGCUGCCUGUCCAUUAGAUCAUAGGGAUGCCAAUGCUUCAGUGAUGAAAUAUCUCACAGAUUUCUUAGCAUGUGCUACAAAGAAAGAGGAGAAACCAGACUUUGAAGUACGGAAAAACUUGGUGAAAGGACUGUUAAAUGAACAUGGGUCACAGUUGGUUCAUGCCUUAAUAAAUGCUUGUCUGUUUUGUUUACCUACCUUUAUGUCAGCUGAUAUUGGAGAAGUUUUAUAUGAACUAAUGAUAGUAGAUAGACCGACAUUCUGUCGAUGGUUAGAAACCACUUUAAAGUCUUUACCUACAGAAAGUUCUGGUGGUGUAGUGACUGCUACACACAAACAGCUAACAGACUUCCACAAAGCUGUCACUAGUGCUGAGAACUAUAAACAAGUGUCAACAGCUUUAAGAGAAUUUUCAAGACUAUACAGAUGAUAGCCUUUUUUACCUCAUAAUAACUCUAACAUGUGCAAUCAAAUGAAGGCUUCUUUGUGACGGAUCAUUUUCUUAGCCUUUUUCAUCCAAUUUUCUACUUGAUGUAGUGUUUGGAAUUUGCUCAACAGUAGUGGUUGCUGUAGAAGGUCAGAUUUCUAAAAGUAUGAUGACAACACAAUUAGAAAGGUAGAAAUAGGAAAUUAUGGGAGUCAAGUAGAGUGGCUUCUGUUAAAAAAGUUCGGGGAAAAUGAUGACUCUGAUUGGAUGAUAGGAAGUGGCUUGAUUGUAAACAUUGUUGUGAGAGAGUAUUGACUUGUAAUACAGUGAAAGUGCUUCCAAUUCUCUUGUUGCAUAGAAAAGUGGCUUACUCGUUGCUGUUGCAUGGUGCAGUCUUAAAGUUUUGUAAGAAUCUCAUUGUGCGGACAGAACUAAAUGAACUGGUUGUUAAAUGUUAGUUAGUGAUAUUCUAAGUAACUAAAUAUUAUAAAAUCAUAGAAAAAUUAAGUAACAGUCCAUAUAAAAAUCAUGCAUAUGUGAUUCAUUGGUAGUGCUUACAAAUCAUUGUUUAUGCUCCAACUAAAGGGCCCAACUAAGGCAUUAUGUUUUUCAGUUUGUUCUUCAGUCUGUUUGUCCCACUUCAAUUUAAAGUUUUUGGUCAAGGUAGUUAUUGAUGAAGUUGAAGUCUAAUCAACUUGAAACAAAUGUUCUUUAUGAUAAGAUCUUUCUAAUUUCAAUGCCAAAUUAGAUUUUUGACCCCUAUGGUGUGCCCUAAAAUUGGUAAGAUAGUGAAUAAUUGAAAUUAAUAGGCUAAAAAAAUGCUAUUUUUUAUAACAUGUUGUUUUCUUAGAAUUCCUUGAUAUUUUAAACUUUUGUUAAUUAAGAUUUGUUAACACUGAGGUGAAUAAUUUGUUAUUUUUAAGUCAAUACUAAGGUCAAUUUUUAUAAAACUUAAUUUUGUGGUAAAAAGUGAACUUUUUUUUUAUUUCUGAUAAUUAUUUACUAUUUUCCUUUGCUUUGGAUGUUGUAUUUUAUAUGGAAAGGUGAUCUUAAAAAUAAAAUUCUCAUUAGCAUAAAUGGUAUGGAGCGAUGUUUCUUUUUUGCAAUUCUAUGAUUGACUACUACUAUUGCCGAAGCUUAUAUUGCCUGUACAUAAGUGCUUUAAGCAAUAUUUAAUAUUUCUUAAAACUGUUCUGUAGGAUAUAUUGCUUGUGCAUAAAUGCUGAAAUAAUAUUUAUUUUUCUUCAAAUUGUUCUAUAGCAAUAUAUCUUCAUCUAAUGUAUCAUGUGUGUAAAACACUUAUUUGUAAACAUUACAUACCAACAUUUUUAAAAUAUUGAUGAAUAUUCAACGUUUAACAAUGAAUAUUCAAUGUUUAACAAUUAAUAUUCAAUGUUUAACAAUUAAUAUUCAAUGUUUAACAAUGAAUAUUCAACAUUUAACAAUGAAUAUUCAAUAUUGAACAAUGAAUACUCAUUCUCUAAUUGACAGUAUUUUAUAUUAUGCAGUAGGAUUGCAAAGAAAAAUAGUUAUUGUUUAUUGUUAUUGUCAUUAUACAUAGUUUUGAUAUAAAUAAACCAUAUUUUACAGAGUUUGUAAAAUAAUUUUAAGACCAUAGGUUGAGAUAGCUAUCAGUAUGUAUUGUUGAUUUCUAUGUGUUAUAGAAAAUCAGAAAGAGGAGUCUUAUUGACAUAAUCAUUGAAUAUUUUUAUUGAAUUAAUUAUAUUGCAUGCAGAAAUUUUGAAUAGCAGUGACUUAUUACGUUUGUUCGUAGUUUUAAAGAAAGACACUUAAAAUAGAAGUGAUGAUUGAUUAAUUAAAUGGAGAAUAAGCGUAUUUACACUUUUGGUAUUUAGCUGUAUUUUGCCUCCUAUUGAAUAACCUUCUGAUGUCAAACAACAAUCACUUUUUUAGUUGUGACGUCAAAUGUUUGGAAUGAGAAGUCAAAGUUUACAGGAACCUGUGUGAUUUUAUGUAAUCGUGGACAAAUUUGCAUACAAGUGUAAAUACGGCUAUGAAACCUAUAACUUUGUUUGGACUUUUUGAUAAGUUUCAAUUGAAACAUAUUUGAUCAUAAUUUUGAAACAUAAUAUAAUCUUGAGAUCAUGUUGACAAAUAAAUUUAAGAAUUAUAUGAUCAUAUGAAAGACAAGUUAAAAUCAUGUGAGCAUAUUUAUGAAACACAAUAAAGUUAUAAUUGUAUUAACCACAAUAAUGAAUCAAAAUAAAAUCUUGUUAAAAAUUUGACCAAACACAAUAAAAUCAUGUGGUCAUAUUAACAAAUCGAAAUAAAAUCAAUAUCAUUUUGUCAAAACAACAAAAUCUUGAUUAUUUAAAAAAAGAAACACAAUAACAUUGUGAUCAUUUUUAACAAAACACAAUGAAAUAAUUUGAUCAUAUUUGAACACACAUUAAGCCAUGUGAUCAUAUUGACUAAACACGAAGUGUUUUAUGUAUUUGUAAUUAUAUUGAACAAAAGCAAUGAAAUUAUGUGAUUCUAUUGACUAAAAUUUAAGAAUUUUGAUCAUUUUGACCAGUGUUACCAAGUAUAUUAUAUACAGUUGACAUUGUAAUCAUUGUCACAUGUUUCAGUUAAGGUUGUUGAUGGGCAGACAAAGUGACCAAUGGGAGAUAACUCUUGAGGUUUUAGAUAAAUUAAGAUUAUUGAUUAUUCCAUUUAUUGCCUGAUAAUCAAUUUAACUUUAAUGCAAAAUUUUUGUACAUUUUGUUAAUAGGAAUCUGUAAGAAUGAAAAUUACCUCACAAAAAACUGAGUAUCAAGUUGUAAGAAAACACUAUGUUUUUGAAUUAAUUUGACUUUGUCCUUUGAUUAGAAUGUACUUAAGAAUAAACUUUUUUUCUAUAAAGUGUUUUACACAAGAUCAAAGGUUGACUUAAUGAUGAUUGUAAUUUUGGUGCUUGGAUUUUAACAAUGUUGCUAAAUUCUGUUUGUAUGUCAAUGUAUCAACAUAUUAUUGGUUUUUAAAAGCCAUGUGUGUAACCAAACAUGUGUUCAUUUAUUUAAUUGUUAUUUUCAUGGCUUUUUACUGCUUUGUUUUUAGAAACACACCAGAUUUUUUCAAUACACAUGUUUAUGAUAACAUUUAUGUUGCGUGAUAGAAAAUAAGUUUUUAAUUUUAGUCAUUAGAUGACAUCAUAUGUUGUGGCAUGCUUGUGUGUGUAGUCAUUUAAGGAUGUGUAUUUAGUUUACAACAAAGGUGUUCAUUACUAUUUUUCAUUUUUUUGCCCCACCUACGAUAGUAGAGAGGCAUGAUGUUUUCUGGUCUGUGCGUCAGUCCGUUCGUUCAUCCUUCCGUUCAUUUGUCUGUCUGUCCUUCUUCAGGUUAUAGUUUUUGGUCAAGGUAGUUUUUGAUGAAGUUGAAGUCCAAUCAACUCCAAACUUAGUACACAUGUUCCCUAUGAUAUGAUCUUUCUAAUUUUAAUGCUAAAUAAGGGUUUUUAUCCCAAUGUCAAGGCCCACUGACAUAGAAAUUGAUAGUGCAAGUGGGACAUUCGUGUACUGGGGACACAUUCUUGUUUGUUUAUGAAUUUCUUAUGUUUAUUUCUUGGUAAAAGCAGAACAAAUAAAGAUUUUAAGAAUUAGAUACAACAUUGUUGUCAGUUGAAUUUAUUUAAAAAAUUAAUUUUAUCAAUUAAGAGAUUGCAUCCAUAAGUAGAUGUACCUCCAAAAUUGUUUAGUGUAUAGAUUAAAAAUCAAAAUUACAUAAGAUGAAAUUUCAAUUAAGGGAGUUUGCUGCUUAGUUUCAAAAUAAUUGACUUUAAUAAAACACUAAUUUACAUUGAUAGGUGAUUAACAAAGGAAUAAAAAGAGCCCAAAAAUAAUGUAAGUCAAUUUGCUUGUUUUUCGAGAUAUCAACCAUUGAAAUUUUGGCAGGAAAAUGUUCUCUCUUGACUUUCAUAGGUUUAUCAUUGACAAGUUGAAGUUCUCAAAAAAAUAUUUUAAAAAAUAUUUAAAAUUUUAUAAGACUUUAACAGAUGGCUUAUUAUUAUACAUGUAAAAGAUUUAUAAAAAGAAAAACGGGUGUCAAUGGGCAAAAUUUUAUAAGGCAUUUAAAUGAAUAAAAUCAGAGGAUUAAAAAAAAUCCAAAACAUGACAAGCGAACAUCCUUAACCUACUACAAGUACUGUAGAUGUACCUCAUUUCAGAUUCAUUAUUAAAAGGGUAAAAGUAUCAUUCAAUGAUUUCAGCAUGUCAAGUAUUUGAGUCCAAUCACAGGUUUAUUGAGAUUGUAAAGCAUUUCAUAAUGAAGGAUUAUCCAAAAUUGAAGGUUUUUUUCACAAUAAACUAAUUAUUUUUGAUGUACCAAAAAUUGUUGAACUUUAUAGAGCACUUCACUGACAUCAAAUACAGAUGUGCUAAAUACAAUUAUUCAUGUAUAUGGAACAACUAAAUCAUUUUGCAGAAUGGAUCACAAGAAGUUUUAGCAUUCCUUGCAUAAUUAAGGAGAUGCUUAAAUUGCUGUUGGCACACAUAGUACUAAAUCUAUCUAAUUACAAGAGAUGAGAAUUCCAUGAAUUUAUUAAAAAAAUAUUUUUCCUUUUGAUAAACAUUACUUGUUUACAAACAUGAUUUCAAAAAUAUAUGAAACAAGAUUUCAAGAAAUAUCCUAUGAUUUUUCUUGAAUAAUGUCUUAAAUGCAUUAAAGCAUUGAAAUCCUCAUGGUUGAAUAAAAUACUGUAUUAUUUUUAUAAUGUGUGUAGUUGUGAGUUAAUCACAAGUGUUUGUAUGCUUUGUUAAAUGCACUGAGAAUGUGCUUAAUUGUAUUAAUAUGCAAAAUUGUAAUAUAUAUUGCUUUUAUACAUGUGUAAAUAUGUACAUCACUAUUUUAUUGGAAUGUUCAGAUUUGUAAUGAACAACAAAAAAUUAAAGUAUCAAAUUGGCAUUAUAUGGGGGGGAUAGAUAAAAAAAGAAUUAAACGGAUUUGACUCAUCA